ACCUCCCUUAUCACCAUAAGGAUCUGCUGAGAAGAACUGUGGGAGGCUGCUUACUGUCAAACUCAUUCCCAUGAACUCGCUUACAAUUCUAUCCACACGCCACCUCUUUUGUCUUUGACUCUUCGUUACCUUUGCUCUCUCAUGCUGCUGGUUUCUGUCUGUAUCAUCCCAUGAAGAAAGAAAACAAAACAGAAGGGUUGGGAGAAAAUCAACGAGAGGGAGAGCGCAAGGAAGUAGGAGAGACAGAAAGGGGGGAUAGAGCAUGUUUUGAGCACUGGCAACUGGCUGCUUGGACAAAAUAAAGGGGCAAGAACGAAGAGACAGCUGACCAGCUACACACAAGAUGGCUACAGUCUCCUCUGAUUUAAAUGUUGAGGGAUCUUGUCCAAACAUGCGGCGCCUAUUGUUGAUGGGAUUCAAGGGCUCUGGGAAAACCUCGACAAAGAGUACAAUCUUAAGGCAAGAGAAAAGUCCAUCUGACCAGUCCUUAACAGAGCAACAGCAUUGGAUAGAUAUUCUCAAAUGGAGACUGCUGGUCAUUGACACCCCAGGAUGGCAACUGGAAAGCGAAGACACUGAUGAGAGGGACUCGGAGAACCAUCAAUCCAUCGUUGAUCAGUGCUCUCCUGGACCCCACGCUCUGCUGUUGGUGGUUCCUAUUGGAGCACCAUUCACCGAGCACCACUGGCAAAGAUUGUGGGCUCAGGUCAGGGCUCUGGGAGCAGGGAUAUGGCGUCACACCAUGGUUUUGUUCACCUGUGCAGACCAGUUGCCUAAAGACAGCGGUGUGGAGGAAUUUAUUGUGGAUGGAGGGGCAGCACUACAGAGACUGGUGGAGAGGUGUGGCUGCAGGUAUCAUGCCGUGGAUAACACCUUGUCGGAUGGCAGCGCUCAGGUUGGCGAGGUUCUGCAGAAAGUGGAGGAGAUGGUGCAGGAGAAUCAGGGCUGGUUCUUUGAAAUGGAAAGGCCAAGCCUUACGUUUGAAGUUGAAGAGAUUCAAGGGGAACGAGAAGAGGAUGCAGUCACAGAAGUGGAGAGAACACAGGCAAUGUUUAGAUCUCCACCAAGAGAGUUACGGGUGCUGUUAGUUGGCUGGCGUGGAGCUGGUAAGAGCUCCGCAGGUAACGUCCUGUUGGGCUGUCGUGUGUUUGAACCUGGACGGCCUACCGAGGUAUCUGUCCGUCGGCAAGCGUUCGUAGAUGGUCGGCGCCUCACGAUCGUCGAUACGCCAGGCUGGGAUUGGUUCUCUGUCCAUCGCACACCCAGCGACAUAAAAAAGGAAAUCAAACAAGGGGCAGGACUUCUCCAUCCAGGCCCACACGCACUCUUAUUGGUCAUCCCAGUGGUUUCCACCCUAACUCCCAAAAAGAGGCAGGCCCUCAAGAACCAUUUGGAAAUGUUCGGUGAGGAGGCAUGUCAACACACGUUGGUGCUGUUCUCAUGUGGCGACUGGCUGUAUGGCACAACAAUCGAAGAUCAUAUCCAACAGGACGGAGGUGAGCUGUUGAAACUUAUGAAGCAUUGUUGGAACUGUUAUCAUGUCCUGGACUGUACCAAAGCCAGCAAGGACAAGACCCAGGUGACUGAACUAUUGCAGAAAAUAGAGGAAAUGGUGGCAGAGAAUGGCCAGAAACCUUUCCUACCGGUCAAAUUGAACCAGGAACUAGAUGAGGAAGAAACAAGUGGAAGAUGCAUUCUGCAAUAAUGAAUAAGACCAUGGUAACUGCACGUCCACAGCACACUUGAACUAAAAAGGUCAAUAAAACUGAAUGGGAAAACGAUUUCCUUAUGGAUCCCAACACAAUCAGUAUUCUCAUUCUGCGCCAUUCUGACUGUUUGUAUGUCAUCUUGAGGAUCAAACCAAAACAGUCACUUUUUUAAAGUUUUUCAUCCAUGGUAGAAACACAUAGCACUUACUGAUGACAUCAUAGACACUUUUUUUGAACCCGUCGCUGUGAAUCACAGACCACAAAUUAAAGUAAUUCACUUCUUACUGAAAUGUUGUAUUUGUUAACAUAAGUUAAUGCAUUAGCUAACAUUAACUAACCCCUACAGCAGGGAUGGGCAACUUCGGUCCUGGAGGGCCGGUGUCCUGCAGAGUUUAGCUCCAAACAUAAUUUAAAAACACCUGAAGCAGCCAAUUAAGGUCUUACUAGGCAUACUAGAAACUUUUAGGCAGGUGUGCUGAGGCAAGUUGGAGCUAAACUCUGCAGGACACCGGCCUUCCAGGACCGAAGUUGCCCAUCCCUGCCCUACAGCAUUUACUAAUACAUUUUAAAAUAAAAAGUUGUAACUGUUAACAUUAGUUAAUGCCAGAUUAACUAACAUUAACAAAGAUUAAUAAAUGCUGAAAACUAUAUUGCUCACUGUUAGUUCAUGUUAGCUAAUGCAUGUACUAUUGUUAACAAAUACAACCUUAUUGCAGUGUAACUAAAAUAUUGAUUGCAUCACAUGCAUAAAAUGUUUUCAAUGCAGGUGUUUUGCUAGUGUUGUAAAAAUGCAUGAUUGAUAAUGGACCUAAAUGGUUCCAUCCAUGACCAUUGUCAUUAUUCAAAGUUAUAUUAUACUUUUUGCACUUGUACUGUAUUAUAGCUAUUUUGCACACCUGAAAUUCAGAAUUAUAUAGCUCCUAGAUUUUAGAGGAAAUUCCUUAACUGUUGAUCAUUCAGGGUUUUUAAAUUUAAUAACUGAUAAUAAUUUAGAACUGUGAUGACAACAUUGUAUUUUGCCUUGAUGUAUGUGAACUUAACAUGUCAUUGUGUAACUAUAGUUUAGUAAUAUUCACCGACCUGCAAUACGCCACAACAAGAUUGCUUCGACAAAAAAAUUAACUUGGGUGAUGGUUUAAAUUGUUUUCAGCAUAUUUUCAUAUUAAUAAAGAACAAUAAUUUUA